GCUCCCUCUUUCUCCUUCCCAUCUCUCGGACGACGACAUGGAUGAAGUAGUAGCAGAGCUACGACGCGAAAGGCGAAAAAAUGCAGAGCUUUUGCAAAGGAUAUCAGCUCUUGAAGCUCAAAUUCAUCAGCAUCAAAGAGUUAAAAAGGGCUCUUCUGAUGAUCCACCUUUGGCUAAUACUAGUCAAAUCAGUCAUCCCAAUAGUGCACAUCCCAAUAGUGCAGAUGAAGAAAGAAGCAGCAAGAAACACAAGAGACAAAAGAUAGAAAAACAUAACAUGAUGAUGCAGGAAGAUGCUGCUUCAAAAGAUUCAAAACUUGAGAAUGAUCUUGUAAGUUGGAUGGGUAUGGACAAUAAUGACCCUCGAUCUUUACUUUUUGAUGAAAAAUCAAAAGAUGUUAUUGAUCAUCAAACAUAUGAAAGCGAUGAUGAUGAUGAUGAUGAAGAAGACGAGUCUUGCACUUAUGAAGAUGCAACAAAAAGUCAUGUGGAGUUAAAAGACAUGAUAAGUAAGAAAUUGGAACAAAAUUGGGAAGAAGAAGUGAAGAAGAGUAAAGGGUUUAGAAACUUGUCUUUACAAAAGAAGCCUCCUAAAGUUGGUUUCUGCCCCAAAGAAGUGAAGGGAAUAUUGGAGUCUAAAGUUCUUGGUAUGAAGAAUGCUCAGUCUCAUACCAUGAGAAAAAUCAUUGUUUUUGCAUCAUUAGGCAUAAGGCAUGGGUGUGAUGAGAUGUAUGAGCUGAAUUUCAACCAUUUCAGCGUUUUGAGCAAGGGAGAGCCAUAUAUGUCACAGAGUAAUCAAGGGGAACAUGUUUUAUAUGAAAAUCCCGGAGUGAAGAGGAAGGUGUUUUACCCCAAUCGCCACAACCUAGCGUUGUGUCCUGUGCAGAUACUGGAGGAGGAAACGUCUAUGCGCCCGUCUGAUGCUAAUUGUCCAUCAUGCUUGUUUCUAUGCAUCAAAUAUGGUGGGAGUACAAGAAACAUGCCGCAGAACGAAUAUGUAAGGCAACGCAUGGGACGAAACAAGCUGAAGUCAUUUGGUCCAUUCAUCUGCCUGAUGGCGAGGCUAGUCAACAUUAGAACUGGGAGUUUCUUCUUCAAGGCUUUAGGUAUCACACUGCUUUUCAUGGCUGGUUUUCCUGAUGAUAUUGUUCAGAGGGAAACUAAGUACAGGAGUUUAGACCUGUUGCAGAAGUACUUCAGAACACAUGAAGAUGCAGCAGGGGAGGAGCUUUUCCUUGCAAACCCUUUAGCUUCUGAACUUGCUAGUCCUGAAUCAAAAAAGCCUAACACCAAGACAACAACAACAACAACAACAACAAAAAAAUCAAAGCGAAAGAAACCCAAAACAACGAGCAAUGAUAAUCCACAAGCAACAACCACAACUCCUCUUUCUGCUGCAACAUUUCAGACUACACCGCUAUCAACUAACAUGAUGGUUAACUCAGUGCAACCAAAUAUGUUGUAUAAUGCAGUGACACCUCUAAUGUAUUGGCCUUCGAUUCAGCAGAAUCAUGCAUAUCCUGCUUUUCCUCACCCGGGUUCAACAUACGGGUAUCCAUCUUUAGGAGGAUUAUAUGGUGGUCAUUAUAUGUCGGUGGUUCAUCCAUGGCAUUGUUAUAGUAGCCAAGUCCAACAAGGAGUAGGAGGAGGACGCGUUGCUGUUGAUUCGAAUGAUGAUGCUGCUGCUGUUAUGGACUCUGUAAGUAGUACAGAGCCUAAGUAACGUAUAAUCAGGUUGUACAUUGUAAAGAAUUGAUGUGAUGUUGUGCUGCCUUUGGUUCUUUUGUGGAUUUGCAUCUUUUUUUCUACUGUGUUGUUGGAGGAACAUAAAGGGAAAAAAAAAACAAGAAUAAGUUUGUUGGUAUCAGAAAAUGAAAUUGGUGACUGAUUCA